AUGAACAGAACCUUCAGCAUGAGGGCAGGGCCCGGGGGCAGGUCCUACAGCGCUGCCUCGGCCAUCGUGCCCAGCAGCAGCAGGGCUGGCUUCAGCUCCGUGUCCGUGGCACGGGCAGGAGGAGGAGGAGGAGGAGGAGGAGGGGGCGGCUUUGGGAGGCUCGUCGGGGGAGGUGGAGGCGGUGGUGGGGGAGGUUUUGGCAGCAGGAGCCUCUACAACCUCGGGGGCAGCAAGAGGAUCUCCAUCGGGGUCGGGAGCAGCUUCAGGGCCGCCUUUGGGGGGGGAGCUGGGGGGGGCUCCGGGCUGGGAGGGGGGGCUGGUGCUGGGCUCGGGCUGGGGCUCGGCGGGGCAGGAGGGGGGUUCGGCUUCGGUGGAGGGGCUGCGGGGCUGGGAUUUGGGGGCGGGCACGGGGGGGCAGGGGCCCGGCAGGAUUUCCCGGUGGCCCCUCCGGGGUCGGCAAUCCAGGAGGUGACGGUGAACCAGAGCCUGCUGGCCCCCCUGAACCUGGAGAUCGACCCCAACAUCGGCCAGGUGCGCAAGGACGAGAAGGAGCAGAUCAAGAGCCUCAACAACAAGUUCGCCUCCUUCAUCGACAAGGUUCGGUUCCUGGAGCAGCAGAACAAGGUGCUGGAGACCAAGUGGACCCUCCUGCAGGAGCAGGGGCAGAAGAACAACUCCGGCAAGAGCAGCCUGGACCCGCUGUUCGAGGCCUACGUGGGCAACCUGCGGCGGCAGCUGGGCAACCUCCUCGGCGAGAGGGGCCGCAUGGACGGCGAGCUCAGGAACAUGCAGGACCUCGUCGAGGACUUCAAGAACAAGUACGAGGAGGAGAUCAACCGGCGCACGGCGGCCGAGAACGAGUUCGUGGUGCUCAAGAAGGACGUGGACGCUGCCUACAUGACCAAGGUGGAGCUGGAGGCCAAGGUGGACGCGCUGAGCGACGAACUCAACUUCCUGCGCGCCCUCUACGAGGCGGAGCUGGCCCAGCUCAGCGCCCAAGUGUCCGACACGGCCGUCAUCCUGUCCAUGGACAACAACCGCGACCUGGACCUGAGCAGCAUCAUCGCCGAGGUCAAGGCCCAGUACGAGGACAUCGCCAACCGCAGCCGCGCCGAGGCCGAGGCCUGGUACCAGACCAAGUUCGAGGAGCUGCAGGCCACGGCGGGCAGACACGGCGACGACCUGCGCAACACCAAGGGGGAGAUCUCGGAGCUCAACCGGCUCAUCCAGAGGAUCCGCUCCGAGAUCGAGAACACCCGGAACCAGUGUGCCACCAUCCAGACGGCCAUCGGGGACUCCGAGGAGCGCGGGGAGCUGGCCCUCAAGGACGCCAAGGCCAAGGUGAUGGACCUGGAGGACGCCCUGCAGAAGGCGAAGGCCGACAUGGCCCGGCAGCUCCGGGAAUACCAGGAGCUCAUGAACGUCAAGCUGGCCCUGGACAUCGAGAUCGCGACCUACAGGAAGCUGCUGGAAGGGGAGGAGAGCAGGCUCAGCGGGGAGGGACUGAACCCCAUCAGCUACUCUGUGAUCAGCUCCAGCUCCGGCCUGGCCGGCGGGGCCGGCUUGGGAGGAGGAUUUGGUGGACUGAGCCUGAGCGGAGGCGGCGGGAGCGGUUUCGGCCUCGGAGGAGGAGGUGGAAGCGGGUUUGGCCUUGGAGGAGGAGGUGGAAGUGGUUUUGGCCUUGGAGGAGGAGGUGGAAGUGGUUUUGGCCUCGGAGGAGGAGGUGGAAGCAGCUUCGGCCUCGGAGGAGGCGGCGGGAGCGGUUUCGGUCUCGGAGGAGGAGGAGGAGGAGGAGGAGGAGGAGGAGGAGGAAGCUACAGCUUUGGAAGUGGAGGAGGACUUGGACUCGGGGGUGGAGGUGGUCUCGGAGGUGGAUUUGGAGGCGGCCAUGGAGCAGGAGGUGGCAGCAGCAGCCUGAGCACCAGCGGGGGCAACUUCAGCUCCGGGAGCGCCAAAGGCACCAACCCCGGGGUGAAAAUCGUCUCCAAAACCUCCUCCAGCAAAAAGAGCAUCAAGAGCCAGAGCCUGAAGAACGCCACAGAGCCCGACGCCUCCCGCAGCCGAGGGUUUUCUGCCUCCCUCGCCCUCUGCUCUUUUCCUGCCGCGCAGCUUCGGUUCUCCGGCCCUUUUUUUCCCCUGCUCUUUGCGCCCGCAGCCACCAUGAGCCGGAUCUCUUUCCGAUCAUCCACCGGAGGGGGCAUGAGGGGCUUCAGCUCGGGCUCUGCCAUCGUGGGAGGCGGUGGCGGGGGCACCAGGAGCAGCUUCAGCUCCGUCUCCGUCUCCAGAGUCGGGGGAGGAAGAGCCGGAGGCGGAGGAGGCUUCGGAGCCGGCGGUGGCUUCGGCAGCAGGAGCCUCUACAACAUGGGUGGAAGCAAAAGGAUCUCCAUCGGGGGUCUCCGGAGCGGAGCCGGUGGCGGAUUCGGCUUCGGCGGCGGCGCCGGCUUCGGGCUGGGCUAUGGCGGCGGUGGAGCCGCUUUCGGCCUGGGAGGAGCCGGUGCCGGUGGCGGUUACGGGCUGGGAAGCGGAUUCGGGCUGGGAGGUCCCGGAUUCGGCGGCCGAGGCGGCCCCGGGUUCCCCGUGUGCCCCCCCGGCGGCAUCCACGAGGUGACGGUGAACCAGAGCCUGCUGGCCCCCCUGAAGCUCGACAUCGACCCCGAGAUCCAGAAGGUGCGGACGCAGGAGCGGGAGCAGAUCAAGACCCUCAACAACAAAUUCGCCUCCUUCAUCGACAAGGUUCGCUUUUUGGAGCAGCAGAACAAGGUGCUGGAGACCAAGUGGAGCCUCCUCCAGGAGCAGGGGCACACGGUCACCAGGAAGUCCCUGGAGCCCCUGUUCGAAGCCUACAUCGGCAACCUGCGGAGGCAGCUCGACAGCCUGAUGGGCGAGCGGGGCCGCCUGGACUCCGAGCUCAGGAACAUGCAGGACAUGGUGGAGGACUUCAAGAACAAAUAUGAAGAUGAGAUCAACCGGCGCACGGGGGCCGAGAACGAGUUCGUGGUGCUCAAGAAGGUGAGGGAAGCGGGAAUAAGGUGGAAAAUGCCGAUGGAGCAGCGGAAACACAAGGAAAGGGCUCGGGGAGAGCUCCCAAACCACCUCCACCCCGACCAUUAACGCUGUGUCUCUCCCCGUGGGCAGGAGCUGUCCCAGAUGCAGCAGCAGGUGUCGGACACCUCGGUGGUGCUUUCCAUGGACAACAACCGGAGCCUGGACCUCAACAGCAUCAUCGCCGAGGUGAAGGCGCAGUACGAGGACAUCGCCAACCGCAGCCGCGCCGAGGCAGAGGCCUGGUACCAGAACAAGUACGAGGAGCUGCAGGUCUCGGCCGGGCGCCACGGGGACGACCUGAGGAACACCAAGAUCGAGAUCUCGGAGAUCAACAGGAUGGUGCAGAGGCUGCGCAACGAGAUCGACAGCGUCAAGAAGCAGUGUGCCAACCUCCAGGCUGCCAUCGCCGAGGCCGAGGAGCGCGGGGAGCUGGCCCUCAAGGAUGCCAAGGCCAAGCUGAGCGAGCUGGAGGACGCCCUGCAGAAGGCCAAGCAGGACCUGGCCCGGCAGCUCCGCGAGUACCAGGAGCUCAUGAACGUCAAGCUGGCCCUGGACAUCGAGAUCGCGACCUACAGGAAGCUGCUGGAGGGCGAGGAGAGCAGGCUGGCUGGAGAAGGAGUGGGAGCCGUCAGCGUCUCCGUGGUCAGCAGCUCCAGCGGGAUGGGAUACGGCGGCGGGAGCUGCCUGGGGAUGGGCGGAGGGCUCGGGAUGGGCGGCGGCGGCGGCGGCGGAUUCUCCGUGAGCGGCGGCGGCUUCGGGGGCGGCAGCGGCGGCGGCUUCGGGGGGCUCAGCUACGGCGGGGGCAGCACCUUCAGCUCCGGCAGCAGCCGAGGCGUGAGCUCCAGCACGGGCGGCAGCGUCAGGAUCGUCUCCAAGACCACCACCAGCAAAAAGACCAUCAGAUAA